GGUGGCGGCACCGGUAUCGGCAAGGCCAUCGCCGCCGACUUGCUAGCGCUAGGUUGCAAUGUUGUUAUUGCCUCUCGUAAAUUUGACCGAUUAAAAGCUGCUGCAGAAGAACUGAAUAAUACAUUUUCUUCCGUGAGUCCUGCCAAAGUGACUCCCAUACAGUGCAAUAUCCGCAAAGAAGAUGAGGUAGAAGCUUUGGUGAAGUCUACACUGAGUCUGCAUGGGAAGAUUGACUUCCUGGUGAAUAAUGGAGGGGGCCAAUUUGCAAGUCCUUCUGAAGCCAUCCGUGCAAAAGGCUGGAAUGCUGUGAUAGACACAAAUCUGACAGGGACAUUCUACUGCUGCAAAGCAGUGUACAAUGCCUGGAUGCAGGAACAUGGAGGAGCCAUUGUCAACAUUACUGCUGCCGUGAGAAAUGGGUUUCCUGGAAUGUCGCAUACAGGAGCUGCAAGAGCUGCAGUGAAUAACCUAACCAAGACUUUAGCUUUAGAAUGGGCCCACAGUGGAGUAAGAAUCAACAGUGUUGCUCCUGGAAUAGUAUUUUCAGAAACUGCUGUUGCAAACUAUGGAGAACAAGGUACAAUGAUGUGGUUAAAGAGCAUACCAAAGGUUCCUGCCAAGAGGUCAGCAGUUCCUGAGGAGAUUUCUCCUGCUGUGUGUUUCCUGCUGUCUCCAGCUGCUUCUUACAUAACUGGGAUAACCAUCGUCGUGGAUGGUGGCCAAAGUUUAUAUAGCCAUACGCUAGAAAUACCCGAUCACAACAGAUGGCCCUCACCACCAGAAGGAAAAAAUUCUGAAAUGCUUAAAAAGCUUCUUUCUGGCAAGUUCAAACCAAAGCUGUAA